AUGACGCAAGAUCCGCGGUUCGAAAUCGAUUUUGACGACAACGGCGAGAACCCGCAGGACUGGCCCAUGGUCAAAAAAGCCGUCGUCAUCUUCUUCAUGUCGUUUUCCACGCUCGUUGUCGUUAUGUACUCGACAAGCUAUACAAGCGGUAUCCCUGGCAUGAUGGAGACGUUCAAUAUUAAGUCGAAGACUCUACUGGUGCUCGGUAUUACAACGUACCUUACUGGUCUCGCGGUUGGCUCGCUGCUCCUUGCCCCCUUGUCGGAAAUGUAUGGGAGACGGCCCGUCUAUCUCAUCUCCGUGUUUUUGUUCACGGUUUUGAUUAUUCCUUGCGCGUUGUCCAACAACCUUGCUCAGAUCUUGGUGAUGCGUUUCUUUGGGGCGAUGGCUGGGGCGGCUAUGAUAUCAAACUCCCCGGGUACUAUCUCGGAUAUUGCCACUGACGACCGCCGCGCCCUUUAUAUGAGUGUAUGGAGCUGUGGCCCGAUGAAUGGUCCUGUGAUAGGGCCGCUGGUGGGAGGCUUCGUUUUCCAGGCCCUGGGUUGGAGGUGGACAAAUUGGGUCGUUAUGGCGGCCGCCGGCGUCAGUUGGUUUAUGGUUUUCCUAAUACCCGAAACCUACGCCCCCGCCCUCCUCCGCGCAAAAUCCAAGCGCAAACGCCACGAAACCAGCGACCCCCGCUGGUUCUCGCGCUACGACGACGGCAAAAAAUUCUGGCCCCUUCUCCGCGAAAACCUCUACCGGCCGAUCCAAAUGGCCGUGUCGGAGCCAAUAUGCAUAUUCUGGGACAUAUACAUCGCGCUCGUAUACGGGGUAUUGUAUCUCUGCUUCGUCGCCUACCCCAUCGUGUACAGCGAGUUGCGCGGCUGGUCGCCGGGUAUCACAGGGCUGGGGUACAUCGGCAUUGGCAUCGGGGGGUGUAUGGUGAUUGCUGCUGAGCCGCUGCUGAGGAGGAUGAUUAAUGCGCAUCCUAAGGAUCCGGAGACGGGGAAGGUGGCGCCUGAGGCGAUGGUUAGUGUGGUUUGUUUGGCGGCUGUGGCGUGUCCGGUUGGUGAGAUGAUCUUUGCGUGGACGUGUACGCCGGAUGUGCAUUGGGUUGCGCCGAUUAUUGCGGGGAUACCGUUUGGGGCGGGGAAUUGCGGGGUGUUUAUCUAUGCGUCGAAUUAUCUGGCGAGUGCGUAUGGGAUUUAUGCGGCGAGUGCGCUGGCUGGGAAUGCCGUGCUUAGGUCUUUUGUGGGGGGCACGCUGCCGCUUGCUGGGCCGGCGAUGUACGCAACCCUAGGCCCUCACUGGUCGGCAACAAUGCUUUCCCUGAUAGAAUUCGCCAUGAUCCCCAUCCCCGUCGUCUUCUACCUAUACGGGCACAAGAUCCGCGAAAAGUCCACGCUCAUCCGGCAGAUGCGCGACGACAAGGAGAAGCUCGAGGGGCGGAAGCGGAAAGCGGCCGAGCGGGAGGAGAGGCAGAAAGCAAGAGAGUGCGGGCUGGGGGAGGAGAAAAAGGCGCUUGAUGUUUGA